AUGCGUGGAUAUUGGAACUGGUAUGCUGACGGGCCAGACGCGGAGUUGCUGGGGUGGUGGUAUGGUGCGGCUGCCAGGAUCCAGGGCCUCCCGCGAGACCCCAUGCUCCUGCUGCUUGCCCCUGGCCUGCCCGGCGACCUGGAGGCAAGACAGGCUUUCGAGAUCGCCCUGGGCGAGAAGUUGGCUGCCAAGGCCCCCACGCGCGGCAUGGAAGACCCCUCUCACUUUACCAGUGACCUUGUCGACUUCAACGGCAUCGACCCGUACCCAGACACCCUUGAAGACGAGGUGGUUGUGGCAACCACGGAGCUCCCACCCACCUCUCAUCAAUCGUACUCGUCGAUGAACCCUUCCGUCAUCCCCAGCCCGCGCUCUUCCUUGGGUCGGUCUCCCGUCAUGCCUUUCCAGGACAUUUCAUACAGUGACCAGGUCUGCGAUCCAAGCCUCCUCGCAAACAAGGGAGCUGUCUCGACAAGAAGCAAGGUUUCGGAGCCAUUAACACCAGCCUCCUUCGAGGCGCGAGGAUCAAUUAGCACCAAAUCGAGCUCCAAUUCCAUUCCCUCACUUCAAGAAUCUCAUAACAUGGCACCGGCCCGGAAACUUUCACAUGAGGGCUCGGAGCCUCCAAAGAAGCGAGCCCGUCAGAAGCAGUCCAAAUCUGUCAAGCAAGAAUCGGAAGAUGAGGAAGAGGACGAGUCGACGGAGAAGCGGAAGAAGUUUCUUGAGAAGAACCGAAUUGCCGCGAGCAAGUGUCGGGAGAAGAAGAAGAAAUGGGUGCAUGAAUUGGAAUAUAACAAGUCUCAACUGGAACGCCACAACAUGGACCUCCGCUUGGAGCACCGCGGCUUGAUCAAUGAGCUCAACCAGACGAAGAGCAUGCUGAUGAGUCACGCGGACUGCAAUGAUCCUAACAUCACCGAGUGGUUGAAUAGCCAAGCACGGAGAAUUGUACAGGCCACUGGUUCCAGCAUGUUCUCGAUGCCGAAUCCACUUUCUGCGUACCCACCUCAAGGCCAACACCGGAAUGGCAGCAACAUUUCUGGAGGCUCCUUGGUCGAUCUUGACCCAACAUCGCGCCGGGCGAGUACGUCCUAUUCGCAGGAAUAG